AUGUCUAUGCAGGCUUUUCCCCGUUUGCCUCGUCAAGACGACGAGUUGGUGAUCAGAAUGCCUCUACAACCACACAGCGCGUAUAUCGCCUAUAUCCUCCCAGCUGAAGACCAGGCGAUCGAGAACGAAAGUUCAAAGCGGCAGACUACGAUUUCACGCGAGCGACGGAACAUUCGCAUUCUUGGGGGCUUCCUCCUCGAACCUGUCAACGAGCUGGCGUGUCAUCGUCUCUCAGCUGAGAUCAAGACCUGCCAAGGUUCGCAUGAGAAACUCGUCAGCCUUGGGCAGUUCUACUACGACAACUAUAUUCGUCAUUUCAAAUCUGCUGCGGAACCCACGCCUAGGACGUCAGCUCACCCCUCUAGGCCGUCCUUCGAUAGGGUUGCGGAUGAGAUCGAGCCCCAGCUCGUCCCUACCCCGCAAAAUCACUCGAAAGCAAAGAAGCGUAUCGAUGUGGCGAAAGGCUUGUGGGCGGUCUUGACACGCUUUGGUUAUCCCACAGCGUGGAUCGAGUUGAACGGGAACAACUGCCACCGCUUGUGCAACCUCUUGACCCUCUCGACACUCGCUCAUGAGCAGAUGGACAAAUUAGAUCUUUGGUUUGAGAGCACUAGCACGCCGAACACCUACUACGUGAAAACACAUCCACCAGACCUUCUAGAACAGUAUAAGUGGCCCGCUCAAGUCACAUUCACAGUUCGCAAUGAUCUCGACAUCCCCGGGCUCGGGCCUCCUAAGGAGGGGCUUGGAUUUGCCCAAUCCCGACUACCUUGCGCUUCACGCGGCUGUUGCAAAGUUGCGCACAUGGCGGGUGCGGCCGAGCCUCUCGAGGACUCGAUAUUCCAUGACCCCGAGUCGCACCGUGUGCUUGCACAGGACGGUGGUUCGGCGGAUCUCCUCUUUGAUGAACUGUCCUGUCUUGCCGAUCCUGUGUAA